AUGGCAUCAACGGAAGAUCUCAAGGCAUCGAAGCUCUUUGAUCUCAAAGACCGCGGUGGCUCAGGCAUCGGCCUCAUGGCUGCUCAAGCCCUGGCUGCCAAUGGGGCCAAGGUCUACAUCUGCGGCCGCACCCGAGAGAAGCUCGAGAACGCCGCCCAAACCCACGGCUCCGAGGCGCCCGGGCAAAUCAUCCCCAUCCCCGCCGACAUCAGCUCCAAGGUGGGCAUCUCCGCGCUCGUCGACGAGAUCCAGCGCCGCGAGGACUGCGUCUGCCUCCUCGUCAACAACGCCGGCAUCAGCAGCACAUCCGGCCCCGUCUCCGAGGCGCGGUCCGCCGAGGACAUGCGCGCGUCCCUGUUCGACGCGGGCGACUCCAAGCCCGACGAGUGGGAGAGCGUCUAUCGCACCAACGUAGCCUCCGUCUUCUUCACCACCGCGGCGUUCCUGCCGCUCCUGCAGCGGUCCACGGAGAAGCACAAGGGAUGGUCGGCGGGCGUCAUCAACAUCACGUCCGUCUCGGGGCUGAUCAAGACGGCGCAGCACCACUUCGCGUACAACGCGUCCAAGGCGGCGGCGGAGCACCUGACGCGCAUGCUGGCGGCGGAGGUGGCGGCGGCCGGGCUCAAGGUCCGGGUCAACAGCGUGGCGCCGGGCGUCUUCCCGAGCGAGAUGACGGCCAAGGAGGAGAGUGAUGACCGGCAGAAGAGCGCGCUGCCGGGGGGCAAGAUGGAGGGGAAGGUGCCGGCGCAGCGGCCGGGCCGGGACGAGGACAUGGCGCAGGCGGUGCUCUUCGCGGCGGCGAACCAGUACCUGAACGGGCAGAGGGUGGUGGUGGAUGGCGGCUUCACGCUGAGUGCGGGCAUGUAG